GUGACGUUUCAUUCCGAUAAUUCAGUUCCACUGACGAUCAUCGACUUACUAUCUGUCCACUGCAAAAUGGCUGAUAAAUCUGCAUCACCCGUAGUUGCUUCGGCAACGACUUCGCCUGCUCCAGCAAAAGCAGAAGUUACUAAGAAGGCAACCAAGGCGAAAAAUCCAAAACCUAAGCCAACUCACCCGAGCACCGCUGACAUGGUUAAUACCGCUGUGAAGACCCUUGCUGAACGUAAUGGAUCAUCUCUUCAAGCUAUUAAGAAGUACAUUGCUGCAAACUACAAGAUUGAUACAACUAAACACGCACUUUUCAUCAAGAAGUAUCUUAAGUCAGCUGUUACAGCUGGAACUUUGGUACAAACUAAGGGAAGUGGCGCUUCUGGUUCAUUCAAGCUUGCCGUUAAAAAAACCGACGCUUCGAAGCCAAAACCCAAACCCAAGACUACCAAGAAGGAAGGAUCACCGAAGAAGCCUGCUGCGAAAAAGCCUGUGAAGAAGACUGAAGCAGCGAAACCCAAAACGAAGAAGCCAGUUUCACCGAAAAAGGUCGCAGCGAAAAAACCAGCUGCUGAAAAGGGUGCCAAGCCCAAGGUAGUAAAAGCUGCCGCCAAACCGAAGAGCCCUAAGGCAAAGAAGGCUACAAAGGGACCAACAGCUAAACCGAAGGUACCUAAGCCAAAGAAGACUGCUCCUCCCAAAACGAAAGCAGCGGCUAAGAAAUCAGCCCAGAAGAAGUGAAUUGAUUUCACCAAUUCAAUUUCACCACCCUCAUAACCAAACGGCCCUUUUCAGGGCCAAUAAUUAUUUCUGAACGUAACAAUCUCAAUCGCUAAAAAACGAAUACCGAAAUGUCUCGUUUAUAAUUCAUUUUCAAGUAGUCAUUUACCAAUUUUUUAAACAUUUUAGUGAUAUCGCAAGGGCUUUCAUGAGUAACCUCAAAGCACUUUAAAUACGUACCUGAUUGUCUGUAUCUUGCAAUAGUCUCGAGGUGUUAUAAAAUACGAAUAAUUACAGGCGACUUCAUCAAUAAUUAAUUCAGAACAGUUUUAUAUGAAAUUGUGGACAAGUUCACCAAGUCCUAUAUUUUGAAAGAUUUUUAUUAAGACACGAAUUUUAAAUUUAUAUAAAAUUAUAUUCAAUUUUAAAUUGAGACACGAAUGCAGGUAUUCAGUGAGUACCUGAGUCUGCAGGUAGACGAUGUUUUUCAAACAUCGAAUGUUUGAAAAACAAUAUAUUUAUGCAAAAAUUGCAUUUAGAAUUAUAAUUUGACUAGUGGCCGUGCAAAUUUCUGUCAUAAAUUUUUUACCGCUAGAAUUAUGCCUAGUUUUAAGCAAAUUUUUCUCCAUUAUAUAAAGACAAUGUCGCCAACAUUG